AUGUUCGAAUGGCUGAGCCACAGCGGAACGAAGGACGACUCGGGGAAAAGCCUGCUUCCGCCAAUGCAGCACCCCAUGUCACCUCUCUCGGCGACGCCAUCUCCCCACACGGCCUCGGAACCGUCCGCGGUCAACCUGCCUUUCACGACCGGCUCCCACCCAAUUGCGGCGCUCAAGGGGAUUACGCACGGUGCUCCUCCACACAGAACUCCAGCCCCAGUCGUUCCCGCGAUCUCCGAUGUGUUCCACAGCUUUUGGAGCAUGCGCUCUGGAGGACACAGCUCGCACUCAUACCUGCGAAAUGUGAAGACCAGGGACUUGGCAUUCACGGUAGCGCUCAUCCUCAGUGCGAGCGUCGUGGCACUGGUGCUGGUCGCGACUUACCGAAGGGGACAGGCCGACGACAGCAACGUGAUCUCAGUCGGUCGCUUCGGCAAGUACUACGGCACCGUGUCCGUGGUGUACGGCGUAUCCGUGGGCGCAUUCCUGGGCGUGCCGUACGCUGACCCACGCACGCUUCGCUUCGGAGCGCCCGCUCCCUGGUACCUAGAGCGGGAGCAGUUUGACAGCAGGUCACCUGCACCAAGUUGCGCACAGGUGUCUCGAAGCCAUGAUGAGAUGAACGCGAGCACAUCGGAGAACUGCUUGCAUCUCAACAUCUGGGCUCCCACCUGUGGCUCUCGCCCAUGCAGCGGGAAUAGGACGGUCGUCGUCUUCAUCCAUGGUGGCUUUUUCCAGACGGGCAGCAACAACGACCCUCACUACGACGGCCGCGCGCUGGCCGCCUUGGGUGACGUUGUCGUCGUGGUUCCCAACUGGAGGCUGGGCGUGCUUGGAUUCUUUAGCCUGAUGCAAAGUGACGACGUGCCUAUAAACGUCGGUCUCUUGGACCAGGCGGAAUCGCUGCGCUGGACGGCGAGAAACGUGGACGCCUUUGGCGGCAACAAGUCCGACUUGGUAGUCGUCGGUCACGGCUCCGGUGCCUCGGCUCUCGCCUACCACCUGAUGUUGGGCCAGGGUCUUAGUGACGUCGCUCCGAUCCUCAAGGUUAUCCUCAUGAGUGAGAGCCCGAUGACAAGAUAUCCGGUGUUCAAGCGAGGUCAGGAGAGUGUUAAAAGGGAGCGCUGGAAUACGUCGGUGCAACUUCUGUGUAAGGACGCCGAGCCCAGUUUGCUGAGCUGCCUGCGCGGGCUCCCAGUGGAAGAACUGCUACGACGACAACGUGCUGCCCCGCUGGAGCUGCCCCAGUUCUUCCCCAUGCUGUCUGUGAUGUGGCCAGUCCACCUGUGGAAAGCACUGAAGAUACCUAGCAACGUGACGGUUCUUCUUGGAUUUUCGGACCACGAGGGGCCGGACCUGAUGGAUUUCUUCCAGCGAUUCUUUCAGCUGGGCGAGGAAACAAACACGCGCGAAGCUGUGCGUACCAUACUCGAGUUGCUCAGCUUCUCGUCGGCCGACGCCACGGCCAUCCUAAAUCACUACCUUGAGGACGCCGCGAACGCCAGCUGGGCCGACCAGCUGUUGUCCGACCUGCUGGCCGUGUGUCCCGUGCGCUUUUACGCGGAGUACCUGCGUAAAUCUGGUAACACUGUGCGUGGAUACGUGCUUCACCGCCAGGGUGCGGACGGACAGCAGCUCUCCAAACUACCGAGGGACUACGCCGCACGACUGCUCCUCGGAUCCCCUCUGGUGCUGGGCACAUCCUCUCCGGAGGAGAAGGCGCUGAGCCGAGGUGUGAUCGCGCAAUGGGCUAGUUUCUUGAAGACGGGAUUGCUCAUACCGGCAAACGUCUCCUUAAAGGUUGGAGUGACUGCGAUCGACAUGAAGUCCUUCACGCACCCUUCGGCGACGUGGACACCAGACCUGCGUAAAGAAGAGUGCGAGAAACUCAGGCCUCACUUCUCGGCUUUUAUGCAGUGA